GCCGGGUGGGGAAACCCGGAAGAAUAAUAGAGUAACAACAUCAGCAAAAAUAAUAGAUAUCUGUUUCUAUAGACAGUUAUCUAACACUUUAAUUGAUUUUAUUAGAUGUGGAGAAGAAGCAGGUCGUGACAGAAGGUGUGUGUGUGUCGGAGCCCGAACCCGAGCCGGACGGCUGCUGGCGAGGGGCAGCCUGAAGCAGUAUGUCGGGACACAAUGCGUCGUGCUGGUCUGGGGAUGAAUCCUCCAGUCCUCUCAUGUGUCUCCUCAUGGCCUUGGAGGAUUGGGUGGCGUGGGAGAAUCUUCAGGACUACCUCAGCUUCCUGGAGUACCUGGUGUGGGUGUUCACGCCCCUGGCCAUCGUCUUCAUCCUCCCCUUCGUCAUCGUCGUCCUGCUCUACCUGUCCAUCCUCUUCCUGCACGUCUACAAGCGCAAGAACCAGCUGAGGGAGGCCUACUCGAAUAACCUGUGGGACGGCGCCAGGAAGACGCUGGCCACGCUGUGGGACGGCCACGGAGCCAUAUGGCACGGUUAUGAAGUCUAUGGUUUAGAGAAGAUUCCGGAAGACGGACCCGCCCUCAUCGUCUAUUAUCAUGGAGCGAUUCCCAUCGACUACUACUACUUCCUGGCGAGAUUGAUCCUCCAGAAAGGCCGCGCGUGUCACUCGGUGGCUGAUCACUUCCUGUUCAAGGUCCCAGGAUUCAAGCUUCUGCUGGAGGUGUUCAGCGUGAUCCACGGGCCUCAGGAGGAGUGUGUGAAGGCUCUGCGCAGCGGUCACCUGCUGGGAAUCUCCCCGGGAGGCGUACGGGAGGCUCUGUUCAGCGACGAGACAUACCCGCUGUUCUGGGGCAAGCGCAUAGGCUUUGCACAAGUGGCCAUCGAUUCCAAAGUGCCAAUCAUUCCCAUGUUUACUCAGAAUGUCCGGGAGGGAUUCCGCUCUCUGGGAAAUCUGAGAUUUUUCAGAUGGUUGUAUGAGAGGUUUCGUCUGCCCAUCGCGCCGGUCUACGGAGGAUUCCCGGUCAAAUUCCGCACUUAUCUAGGCGACCCCAUUCUCCACGAUCCCAAACUCACAGCGCCCGAGUUGGCUGAAAAGGUGCAGGCAGCAGUUCAAGCGCUUAUCGACCGACACCAAAAGGUACCUGGCAGCAUCCUGCGAGCGAUCCUGGAGCGAUUCCACAUGCGCCCCAAAGAAGAAUAACACUCGCUCCUUUCAGGCGCUCUUCGACCGAUUAUACAGCAACGCCUGAAGAAGAACAACAGCACCACUCGCUCUCUCUCUCAGGCUACAAAACAAAAACGUUGCGACGUCUCCUCCCAGCAUAAUUCAACAGAGAACUGGAAGUGUUGCAAGUGUUACCAAAAUUAAUAUCUCAUCAUUGUGCGUGUGUGAUAAUUAAAUUUUUCAUGUUACUGAUGAUGUGUGUGGCAUGGACAAGACAGUGUGCUCGGAUGUCACAGAAUAAGAAAAAAAAGAUUGCUAAUGUCGGUGUGUUUUGUGUCUCAUGUGUAAGUGAAGUGAAAGAGAGUGCAUUGUGUGUUUUUUUAUAUGUGGGUGUUUUUUUUUUGUUGUUUGUUUUUUAAUCCGUGACUUAUUUGCACACUUUGAUUUUUUUUUUUCCUUUUUUUUUUUGAAGGACCACUGCCAAAACAAACGAGGCCUUUUGGUUACUUGAUGUCAGACAUGAUAUAAUAACUGUUAGAGCUGGUGUGAUUUUAAGAUAAAUUUUUUUCUUACAUUUAAAAAAAAAUGUGAUGAUUAACGUAAUAAUGGGGAAAAUGAUUAUUAUUCUUAUUUUUAAAACAAAACGUACUGUGAUUAUCUGUAAUCCAUGACUUAAUGAGAUUUAUUGGACUGAGAAGUUUUUACGGUUUUAAAAACCAAGUCUUAUGGUUUUUAGACAGCACGGGUCUUAAGGACUGAUAAUAAUAAUAAUAAUAAUAAUGAGCCGUUAGAUUAAUGACGAAAAUCAUAACAUUCCUUGACAAGCAAAGCGACUAAAAGUCUUGUGAUUAUUGGUUUUUUAGCUGCGAUUUUAUCGCAUCAAACUUCUAAAAGGUAUUUAAAAUGUGUUAUUUUCUUAACAAAAAACUUAUAUAUAUAUAUAUAUAUGAUAUAUAUAAACUAUUGUACCAAAUUGCCAGUUUUAACAGACGCAUCUACCAUCCAGAUCUCAUCAUUUAUCAUUUUAUAUAACAGUUAUGUCUUGGGGUCAGCGCGGGGUGAUGAAGCGGAGUUACUGUUACUUCCAGGAAGAUUAUUAUUUUCCCGAUAACCGCAUGUGACAUGAAGUGUUUAUAUCUUUCCCUGCUGCUUACACCACGAUGAGUUUUAUUAAACGAUGACACGUCAUGUUUUUUCUUUUUUUCCUUUUAUAGGUACACUAUAAACACUCCCUCCUUCAUCCUGGUCCUGCGUCUGACUUUUAAAAUCACAGCAUGUUGACUGUUACAGAGCCCCGGCACUGGAGACUCCUUCCGUUAGCAUGAAAUAAAUCUGUCUUUACAUGAUGAUGUGUUUGUACGGAAAUGAUAACGGGUUCAAACCAGCUGUGAUUUGCAGCUGUACUAGUGUCGGAGGUGCUGCUAGGAAUUAUACGCCUGUGUUAGAGGUGGAGCUGAAAAUCUGGCAACUUCGUAUGAGUUCAUCAACACUAUAUAGAUCAUAUACAGUAUAAAGCAGUGAUGGAGUCAGGACAGUGCAUUUUGUUAUUCUCCUUCUAUCUAUGAAGGAACAUAUCACGCUCGUUAUUGUCAGUCCUGCUAGGAGAGUGUUCCUUUAACGGAUCGAGAGUGUAAGGACGGUGGAAAGGCCAACAGUAUGAUCACGGCGCAGCGUGUUUCCCUGUACAGAUCAGUUUCCCUGUACAGAUCCGUCCAGUGGUGCGUUAAUUGUAGAUCGAAAACACUGAAAAUAAAACUUAUUUUUUGA